CCGGAAAAGUUUUCGCACUUCCUGUUUAGCUACAAGGGUUAAAGUGUCAAAACAGAGCUGCUGCAGACUUCCAGAGUCACUGAAUGGAAAACUAACACCGCUAAAAAAACAUAUAUACAAAAAGUUGGUUUGUAGAUGGAUUUUGGUCCAGAUGUGCUGCACCUGUUUUCCAGAAGACCAGUGGUCAAACAGUCAACCGGCUACAUCACCUGGCAUCCCAACAAACAAACGUAAACCAGGAUCUGCUGGAGUACAGCGUGUGAACACUGUUGCUGCCUCAGCCAUGGAGGUGACGGAGGAGGAGCGGCGACAGGUGGAGGAGCAGGUGGAGCAGCUACUGAGUGGUAAGGGGUCAGAGGUCACCGGGUGUGACGUGGGACUGGAGCAGAGCAAGCCGGCAACUUUGAAGAAGAAUGUUACCUACAUCGUCUGCGCCGUCAUCUUCAAUGACAAGGAGGAGGUACUGAUGGUGCAGGAGGCAAAGCAGGACUGUUAUAAACAGUGGUACCUUCCUGCAGGGAGGAUGGAGGUGGGGGAGAGCCUGGAGGAGGCGCUGAGGAGGGAGGUGAAGGAGGAGGCGGGAUUUGACUGUGAACCAAUCACCUUGCUGCUGAUCCAGGAACAAGGACCACGCUGGAUCCGCUUCAUCUUCCUGGCCAAAGUCACAGGUGGGACUAUAAAGGACCUGUCAGCAGCAGAUCAGGAGUCUCUCCAGGCCUCGUGGUGGGACAGGCAGUCUGUCCUCCCUCUAAGAGGACGAGACAUCCUCCGCCUCAUUGACUGUGGACUCAAGUACCGUCAGGAUCCCUGCCACCCGGUCACACUACCUGUUGACAUGAGCUGCCGUCUUGUGGUGCAGAGACUCGUCCUGGUCUUCACCAACGCUGAGGAGCAGAUCUGGAUCCUGCUCGUCAAAGCUCCGGGGCUCCACCUCCCUACAGUGGCGGCAGUGAAGACCCACGCAGUGACCUGGGCAGCUAACAUGGUGGUGCAGGAAGCCAUGCCGUCGGCGUACUACGACCACGACGUAAACACGCUGGGCGUCUUCAGCCUGCAACACAAUGGCCGGCAGCACGGGAAGACGGAUGGCGUGUGCUUCAACACACUGGUGGUGCUGGCACCUGACCACGUCCAUCGCAACGAGGAUGGAGAGAAGUUGGAGUGCACGGUGACAGGGCGGCCUCCAGCUGUAGAAAACCCUCGCUACGUCUGGUAUGAAGUCCAGAAACAGACACUAAGGGAACAACUGUUGGAAAAGACCAGAAGCACCUCGAUCUUACCCAUCCACAGCCUGUACUGAGCCAGGGAAGGGGGUAAAUCAUACACUCAGUGGUCAGUUUAUUAGGAACCCCUGUGUCAGACUGAGUCAGUUUGACCCACAGUGCUGCAGUAAACCCUUUUCCUUGAAGAUGAUGAUAUUCAGACUGUUGCUGGUUUAGACUGUUGCUGGUUCACCUGUGCGCUCACUGUGGAGGCUGCAGGCUGUGCUGCUGUUCACCUGGACUGGGUUACACUGAGAGCUGGCUCUGCUGUUUGUACAUUGGUAGACGGGUAUUAAACAGGACUCUUAUUGUGAAAACAACACUCCAAAACUGUUGACUUUUAGAAAGGGGUUUUUCUUCUGAAAGAACAGGUCUAAUUUGAUUUAGCUGUGUGAUAGUGUUAAGACUUUAAAUAUGACCAGAACAAUAAUUUGAUUUUAUGAGAAAGAAGCUUAAUACUGCAGCACUUAAGGGAAUGCAGAUGACCAGAUGGAUCGUGACCUCGGCACGGGGUUAGCCUAGCUUAGCAGAGGGAAGCAGCUAGUCUGGCUCUGUCCACAGGUGACAGAAUCCACCUGCCACCACCUCUGAAGGUCACUGAUUAACACAGGGUCUUCUGUUUGUUUACACAGAGAAGGACAUAGUUGUUCCUGGGGAGCUUUGUGCUGGAGCUCUCUCUUACUGAACAACACAGGGGCUGCGUCCGAAACCGCCUACUACCAUACUGUAUAGUAGCCGAAAAGCAGUAGGCGAGGCGAGUAGUA